UAGAGAUUUAGCAAUUGCUGCUUUCCUCUUAAACAGCCCCCCGCACCUUUUCUCCGUCUUUUGACGCGUUACGCCAACCGGCGUAAUUUUACUGGUGUAAGAUGGAAAUAUUUAACUUUUUCAAUUUCCUUCCAUCAUCAACUUGCAAUUGUAGGCGGUGGACCAGGAGAGAAAAGGUGAGAGAAAUUGUCUAAUCAACUUUGUUUUCCUUCCAAGAUGUCUUCCUCGCCUAUGGCACGACCGCCAAUGCCAAUACAAGGAUGGACAGAACAUAAAAAUGCACAAGGAAGGGUAUAUUGGUAUAAUCAAGCCGAAAAACGAAGCGUUUGGGAAAAGCCAACAGAAUUAAAAACGGCAAGAGAACGUGCAUUAUCGCAAACACAAUGGAAAGAAUAUCAAAGUGGUGAACGUAAGUACUAUGUGAAUAGUGUCACCAAAGAAAGCAGUUGGACAUUGCCUAAAGAGCUCAAAAAUCUCUUUGACAGUAUUCCCGAUGAAAGUUCAGUGAAUGGAUCGGCAAGUCCAUAUGGGGGAUCUUCAGUAAGACCUCAACAACGGCAAAUGUAUUCAGGUCCGCCUCCGGGAUUUCAAUCGCCGGACCAUUCGACAAAUGGUUCCAAUUCGCCCAUGCCACCUUCAGCGAGCAGAAGUCCUGUAAUUCACAUGCCUCCGACAGGUCCAAGUCAACAACAACCAUACAGAGGACCUCAAAGUCAUCAUUCCGCUCAAGCUGCACCAGUAGCAGGUGGAGAAGAAGCAUUCAUCCAGCUGUUGCGUGAAAAAGGUGUAGAUGCAUCAUGGACAUGGGAACAAACCAUGCGUCAAAUCAUAACUGAGCCACUCUACAAAGCCCUUGCAACGUUGGCGGAACGAAAGGCAGUAUUUUCAAAGUAUGUUCGAAUGAAGGAGGAAGAAGUAGAAAAAGCGAAAAAACAAAAGGCUAAAGAAAUUGAGCCGCUUGCUCGUGAGUCAAUAAAGGAUAAAAUUGCUAACGGUCGUAUCGUGGCUUGGUUGAGUUAUGAAGGUAUGCUACAGAGAUGUUCUAGUAAGUCCGCAUGGAAGAAGCUGGAAUCUAUCGGGCUGAAGGAAGCGAAGGAAGCAUGGGAAAGUAUCCGCAAAGAGUUGCGAGAAGAAGAACGAAAACGCAAGAAGGAUCUCCGAGAGCGUAACAGAAAGGUGUUUAUGCAAUUGCUGCAUUCAUUCGAAGCUGACGUUUUGACCCGAUGGAAAGAUGCGAGACAAACUGUUCUAGAGUCAGACGAGUGGAAAGCGGAUGAAAAGUUACGUCAGAUUGACUUGGUGGAUAUGAUCGAAGUAUUUGAUGAAUUGAUCCAAUCAAUCGAAAAGCAAAAGACGCAAGAAAUGAAACAAGCGCACGUAACACAAAAACGUCAAGAUCGUCAACGUAGAGAGUGGUUCUGCAAACUCCUGCAAGAAGGCAAGAAGGACGGCUGGAUUACUGCUCGAAGUACAUUUGGUGAGGUGUACGAUCGUAUCAAAUCAGAGUCACAACUACAAGAAAUGUUAGGUCAACCGGGCAGUACUCCUCUGGACUUCUUCUUUGACGUAUUGGAUGAUCUGCAAAGAGAGCUGGAUUUAUUAACAGAUACUGUCAUCGAUGCGCUGCAGAAUCACCCGAAUGCACCGUACCAAGUAUCGGAAUCUACAACAUUGAACGAGCUGAAGGAAGCAAUUCGUUUGUCUGUCGAAAAGGCAAAAGACAGCAAGUUUAACGAGAUCGAAUCCAGGCCUGAUGACGAGCUCAAGUUGGUAUUGGAUGAAUUGAUACGAAAGGUUCAGGAUGAGAAGCGUAGGGUAGAGCGGAAACUGCGUCAUCUCGGUGAAGAUCUGCGCUAUGCUCUGAAGAAGUAUGCUCAUCAUCAUUCAAACGCACUUGGUGGUGAGGAUGAAUCUGAAUUGGACAAAGCAUGGUCGGAAUGGAAGCCUAUUCUAGCAGACCUGAAGCUGAAUGAGUGGGAUGCAUACAACCGAACUCCGUUCAAGUUAGAAGAAGAUCAAAUUGAUGAAGCAAGAAGAUCGGCUUGGGAACGUUUCGUCGAAAGGCAAAAAGAAAAGCUCAGCGAACGAAGAAAGGUGCAAGAUCAAGAUGGUUCACAUUCAUCAGGACGCAAGCGAAAGAGUGAGGGCGAGAGUAGCAUGUCCCCAGUCAAAUCACGCGAAGCAAGUCGUAAAGAACGAAGAGCUGGCGAGAAGGAUAGUACGACGAGAGAAAGGGAGAGACAUGAACGUAGAAGUGGCUAUAUUGAUGAGCCAAGUGCAGCAAAGAAAGCUAAACAUCAAGGUGGCGCCGCUGAAGAAGAUAGUGAGGAAGAAGAAGGUGAAGUUUGAGGGGGAACAUAUCACGCAAUGUACAUUAAUACACAUAUCAUCGAAAUAGACUGUUGUACAACAAUAUUGUCUUGUAAAAUUACAAUUUUGUGGAAAUGAAAGAA